AUGGAGACGUGGCAGAUGGGAAAUGCGUCCAACGCCUCCGUGUUCACCUCCACCCUGUCGGAGAGAGAAGACCUGAUUUUUGGCACACUCUACUUAGUCUUUGGCCUCGUGUCUCUCUCGGGGAACUCGCUGCUCCUGCUGGUGGCCUAUCGCAAGCGGUCCACGCUGAAGCCCGCCGAGUUCUUCAUCGUCAACCUGGCCGUCAGCGACCUGAGCAUGACCGUGACGCUCUUCCCCUUGGCCACCCCGUCCUUCUUCGCGCACAGGUGGCUGUUCAACCAGGCGAUGUGCACCAUCUACGCCUUCUGCGGGGUGCUGUUUGGGCUGUGCAGCCUCACCAGCCUGACGGUGCUCAGCGCGGUGUGCUGCCUGAAGGUCUGCUACCCGGCAUACGGUAACAAGUUCUCCCCUUCCCACGCCGGCGUGCUGCUGCUGUGUGUCUGGGCGUACGCCCUGCUCUUCGCCACGGCCCCCCUGGCCGAGUGGGGCAGCUACGGCCCCGAGCCCUACGGGACCGCCUGCUGCAUCGCCUGGGAAGCCUCCAGCCGAGAGGCCACGCUCUACAUCCUCGCCCUCUUCGUCUUCUGCUACCUUCUCCCCUGCCUCCUCAUCCUCGCCUCCUACUCGCUGAUCCUGUGGACGGUGCAGGUGUCCCGCCGAGCCGUGCGGCAGCACGUGUCCCCCCAGCGCAGAGCCGGCGGCGUGCACGGCCCCAUGGUGAAGCUGAGCAUCGCUGUGUGCUUGGGCUUCCUGGCUGCCUGGACCCCUUACGCCGUCGUCGCCCUGUGGGCAGUCUGCGGAGGCGCCAGCCAGGUGCCAGCGCUCGCCUUUGUGCUGUCGGCCGUCUUUGCCAAGUCCUCGACGCUCUACAACCCGCUGGUGUACCUGCUCUUCAAGCCCAACUUCCACAAGAUCCUCUCCAAAGACAUCGUGCUGCUCCAGGCCAUCCGCGCCGUCCUCUGCUGCGGCUGCCCGGGCACCGCGCUCCAGCCCUUCCCUCCCGGAGACACCAGGACCCGCUUCUCCCCGGGCUUCAGCCGCCACCACGGGGCCUGCAGGAGCUGCAGCGACACUUUUGAAUGCUUCAGCAACUACCCCAGGUGCUACAAACUGCCCCAGGGCCCCGGCCCCUCGCCCGCUCCCCUGGCCAUCCUGGCCGACGGGGCCGCUGGCCAGCCGGGGCUAAAGAGCGCCGUGCAGGUCAUGGUGCUGGUGACACGGAGGAGGUCAGGGCUGGGCGCUGCCAGCGUGGCAGGGGAGGUGCUGCCGUCGGGGGUGGUGAAGGAUCUCCUCUGA